AUGUCUAGAUUGUUAAUAAUACAUGUGUCAGGCGAACUUGAGCUCCGACUAAACUGCAGCAUCCGCCUGGCCUCAACGCUGGCUGGCGAGCUAGUCAAGUCGUCGCCUUCGGGGCUGUCAUUGGAGACGUUCGACGGACUUGGUCCCAAACAUGUCAUCUCGAUCCUCUUACUCCGUACUCCAUACAACAACUCCAUUAAAACUAUGCUUACACGCACCUAUACGAUGCCACUCCAUACUUCGCAAGGCCUCGGGGGAUUGGAGCCGGAUGGCAGUGGCCACCAUUUCGAGCCAAUGAGUGCCGGGAUCCUUACACCAACUGGUACGAUGCUGUCUGUCCUGUACAGCUGGUUAACCCAUCUCAUCCCAUCCCAAGGAGGUCAAGGAAGACGGCUGGACGUCCCUCCAUCCACCGCUAUACUCGGCACAGCAGAUGAACACGCAUAACUCAAGUCACACGGCCAUCUUGCCAGGCAGGUCUCUCAUUUUGCCUCGAGCGAUGGAAGGCGUUGGCAGACGUUUCUUUUCUUUUCUUCGUUUCUUCUUUGCUUCUUCCUCUCGAACACUCGAUGACUGCUUCUCCAGCAGCCGUGCAUUAAGUUAGCUCAGUUAGUUGCAGCGCAAGUGUAACUCUUGCUUUUUUCUUUGGUCAACUUGAUGCCCCCGCCUACUGCUGCUACUACUUACUACGACUCUCUGGCGCGGUCUCCUUGUGACUCCAUCCCGAUCAGCUCCCCUCCGUUCACA